UCCACAGCUUUUUGUGGCACAGAUACUUUUGAGUUUAAGCCUAUUAAUGGGAAAUAUGUCAACAUUUAUCAGCCUGGGAACCAUAAAAUCCUCACUCUGUGUGAAGUUGAGAAAAUGAGACAUCAAAGCCUACUUGUGUUCCUAGGCUUCAACAGUUUCGUCCAUUGUGAGGUUCAGGCAUUUGCAGGUAAUCUUGUUCUUGGUCAUGAAGCAGUACAGUCCUCUGACAGUGCAAACCUAGGAGAUGCCCAGCAUGCUGUCGAUGGGAACAGGGAUCCAGACUACAAGAGUGGCUCAUGUUCUCACACUGCAGCUGACCAAGAUAAUGCCUGGUGGAGAGUAGAUCUGGGUGUUGUCUACAAGAUAGUGAAGGUGGCCAUCACAAAUCGUGUAGACUGUUGUGGCGAGCGGUUAAUUGGGGCUGAGAUUCACAUUGGCAACAGUCUGUAUAGCAAUGGAAAUGAAAAUCAGCUAGCUGCAACUAUUGGGCCUGCUCAAUGCAGGGGAACUGAAAUAUUCCAGUUUGAGGCUAUUGAAGGGCGGUAUGUCAACAUUUUUCUACCUGGGACAAAUAAAACACUCUCAUUAUGUGAGGUGGAGGUGUUUGCAGAUGAAGACGGUAUGUGUUGGCCUUCUUAUUUCCAAAAGAGUGUUGCUGAGGGAGCCACAACUGUGCAGUCGUCCACAUUUGAUGGCUUGGGAAAUUACCAGAAUGGCUCCUGCACUCAAACUACUACUGAGAAUAAUCCCUGGUGGAGAGUGGACCUGGGUAAUGUCUACAAUGUAGGCCUGGUGACUGUCACUAAUCAUGGAGACUUUUACCAGGACAAGUUAGUCGGGGCUGAGAUUCGUAUUGGAAACUGCCUGGAUGACAAUGGAAACAGUAAUCAGCUAGCAGCAACCAUUAUGUCUGUGCCAAGCAAUGGCUUAGAAAUGUUCCGGUUUAUGCCUGUCAAAGGGCGAUACAUAAACAUUUUUCUACCUGGGGAUAAUAAAAUGCUUGCUUUUUGCAACGUAGAGGUGUUUCCAGAAUUACAAACUCUGCCACUCUCUACUUGUGUCCCAGCAUCAGACAAUCUUGCUUUUGGAGCCAUAGCUGUGCAGUCCUCCCUAUAUGAUAACAUAGGAAGUCCAUUGAAAGCUGUAGAUGGUAACAAAACAACAUCCUACUAUAUGGGCUCAUGCACUCACACUCAAAUGACGGAUAAUCCUUGGUGGAGAGUGGACCUAGGUGGUGUCUACAGUAUAUCCCGUGUCACCAUUACCAAUCGCGGAGACUGUUGUAGUCAGCUGAUAGAAGGUGCUGAGAUUCAUAUUGGUAACUGCCUGAGCAACAACGGCAACGGCAAUCAGCUAGCUGCAACAAUUGGGAACAUUACAUCUGGUGCAACGGAAACCUACAGUUUUGAUCCAGUUGAUGGGCAGUUUGUCAACAUUUUUCUGCCUGGAACUGGUAAAAUACUCACACUGUGUGAAGUAGAGGUAUUUGCAUUUAUACAGUAAUUUUACAGACUAAAUUACGUAUUUCUGAUUGCAAAUGGAAGAUUACAGUUCAAUCUUUUUCUCCUCCAGGAAAAGUUAAAGCAAAAAUAAAAAUAUGUUAAAUCAAACGUAUUUUGUGUUUUUCAAUGUCAUUGCCUUUGUCCUUAAAAGUCUAAUUAACAAGUGUACUUAACAUCCAUACAUUAUGAACUGCUUUUCAUUUUUAAAAAUGCAUUACAGUUCCUCUCAAUUGCCUACACACUAAAAUCCAAAAGCAUAAUUUUGUUUUCAACGAUUAAGAAAGACCUUGAAACUUUUCUUGAAACUAACACACUUUUCCUAUGUUUCACACAAGCUCCAAAUCUCUUCCAAACUAAGAUCACUGCUCUCAGAACAAUUACAGUUUCUAUUGGAAACACACAAAGGAGUGCAUCAAUUGCUCACACUAUUUUCCUAGUUUUUCUAUUUUCUGUAAAGCUGCUUUGGAAAAAUAUGUAUUGUAAA